AUGGCGGCCCCGGCGACGCUGUUGGUGCGGCUCUGCCCGGCGCCCAGCGCCGCCGAGAAGGCGCUGCUCAAGCUCCAGAGCUACUUCCAGUCAGCGAAGCGGUCGGGGGGCGGCGAGUGCGAGGUGCGGCCUGGCCCCGAGCUCGGCACCUACUGGGUGCACUUCCAGCAGGAGCGAGAUAAGAGGAGUGUGGAAUCCCGCAGGGAUCACAUGUUGGAAAUGGGUGGCCAGCGCCUGAGUGUCAUCAUCCAGGGGGGAGAAGGGGAGCCGGGGAGGAGCCCGGUCCCAGCGCAGGCCUCGGCCAGCUCUCCCCCACCUCAGCGGGCAGCCGGAGGCCACGGGGACGAGGCGGCAGGAGAAGUCAUCACCAAAAAGAUAUUUCUUACAGUAUCUGCAACUUUGAAUACCAGUAUGUUCACUGAAGAGCAAAGGGAUAAAAUUGCCAUUAUAUGUCCAAAUUUAAAAAGAGAAGGAAAUCCUAAUAUUGAUGGCUGCGAGAAAUUGACGGGAGAUUUUACAGAUAUUGAAAAAGCUUACCACUACUUUAAGGAUAUCCUUGCAGGCAGUGACAGAAACGGUAACUUUUCACAUUCUGGAAGUAAGAAGCAUUUGGAAGAUGAAAAUGGUCUGAAUAGUGAAGAAACGAAUGAGCUUACAGUUCCGUCGGCUCAUUAUGAGUAUUUCAAUCAUACCUGCAAAGAACAAAUCAAAGCAGUACAGGAAGAUUUAGGAGUGCGUAUAAGAAGUAAAGAUCUUUACAAUGGACACACAUCAGUUUGCUUCACUUCUGAUGAAAGUCCUGCAUCAAUACAAGAAGCUGAAGAUUUUUUUAUCAGAACUUUUCAGAGAAGCGUAGAACAUCUGACACAGGAAAAAAUUCCUGUAAGAAACAGUUCCACAUUAAAAGAAACAAUAAUGCAAUUAAAUGCUAGGUUUAGUGGUCUUCUUGCCAAAGAGGAAGGGAAUCAAUUGCUACUCCGUGGCCCUGCGAGUGAGAUUUCAGCUGCCAAAGAAUUUCUAGCAGAGGGUGAGAACAGCCGAACUGAAAAGAAUAUGAAAAUAUCAUCUGAACUGUACAGGUACAGGAAUGGAGUAGAAGUUGCUGCUUCUAUGUUUAAAUUGUUGGAAACAACAUUAAACAAAGAAAUUGAAGACAUUAAAGACAAAUUUGAUACAGUAAUAGAAAAGAAAGACAGUUCAUGUGGCCAGAAAGUGUUCAUAAUAUUUAGGCCUGGGAUCAAAACUUCUGAUAUGUCUUCACAUGCCACUGAAAGUUUCAUCAAUGCAUUGCAGAAUGCCUUUGCAAUGUUAAGAGAAAAAGUCAUCAGCUGGAAGCUUUCAGAAGAUCAGAAGAAAAUAUUAAAUUUGCUACUUAAUGGAAAACAAUGGGAAGGUCUGCGUGUAAAACUUAAGAAGGAGGAAGACAAACUCAUCUUAAGUGGUUUACCAAAACAUCUUUCUGCUGCUGAAAAGCACAUUAUAAAACUUCUUAACAUUGAGGAUUCAAUACAAACUAAAAGUAGGACACCACUGUUCUCUGAUCUCAGCUAUCAAGAAGCUACAGGAGCAUCUGAGAAGAAAUACAAUAGCAGGGAAAACAAUAGUCUUUCUUCUGAAGGACACUCUAAGGCGAAGGCAGAAGACAACAAAGAUGUGUGUCCGAUUUGCAUGGAGACAAUUGAGAAUAAAGAAAUUCUGAGAAAGUGCAAGCAUGCGUUCUGCAGAAGUUGCAUCAAGCAGGCCAUGACUUACAAGCAAGUGUGUCCUGUUUGUAACACCGUCUAUGGAGUCGUGGAAGGAGACCAGCCAGAGGGAACAAUGUCACAUGUAAAGCUGGCUUCACCUCUCCCCGGUUAUCCUGGUUGUGGUACUAUUGAGAUUAGAUAUAGUAUGCAAGGAGGUAUUCAAACCAGCAACCAUCCAAACCCAGGGAAACCCUAUGGUUCAAUUAGGCGAACGGCGUAUUUACCUGACAACAAGGAAGGGCAAGAAAUUCUGCAGCUUCUCAAAAGAGCCUUUAAGCAAAAGCUGAUUUUCACAGUGGGGCACUCACGUACUACUGGUGCAGGAGAUGUGAUUACAUGGAAUGACAUUCACCACAAAACUUCCAUAGAUGGAGGACCUACCAACUUUGGUUACCCCGAUCCUGAUUAUCUGCAGCGGGUUCGAUCAGAAUUGAAAGCAAGAGGAAUUGAAUGAAGAAGUUUAUCAACCAUCAGCUCCUAAGUGUAAUAACACAUAGCAGUUAAUUUACUAUUCAAACACGAAGAAGAAAGAAUUCAUUUUGUUCAACUGCUGUACUUAAAUCACUUGUAUUUCACAGUCAGCUAAGGAAUAUUUUUCCAUCAAAUGAUAUAUGUUCUUUUUGCAUAUCAUUUAGUUCACUGAAUAAUGCUUCACUCCAUCAGUAACCUUUCCAGACUUUGUGAGUGCAGCAUCAGUGCUUGUUGCACUUGUCGAAUAUCAGAUUGUGUAUUUUAUUUUACUAGUGAACCUGAUCUGUGCUUUUUUGGACCACCAAAACCGAUAGAUCCACUACUAGUUUUUAUUUGACCAAACACUGACUUUAGCUUUGUGUAAUUAGGUCUGUCAUCAUGGAUAUAGCAUCAUGUAACCCACCUUCUGGAAAUGUUUUAUGCGGUUAUUAUAGAAUCAGCUGCGAUGAGGCUGUGAUCUUUUGCUUCUUUUUCAGGGCAGAAAUGGCAUUAAUGGUUUGUGCUUUAAACAUGGAAGUGGCGGGGAUAGUGUUUGAGGGGUUCAGGUGGGUGCUGCUGGGUUUUUAACCCCGCAAAAGUGCUGAGUGCUCAGAGCUGCGUUGGAGUAAAGGGAAAGUAACAGUGCCUUUGGCCAGCUCUGGCAACGGGAUCCUAGUUGUGUGCCUUUCGUUGUAUUUAAGCUUUUAAGUCAACUGUAUUCUUCCCAUUGCUUCCAAUAGAUAGCUUAAAUUGUAUUAUAAAGAUACCUUGUUGCUAUUCUGCACUGUCGAAAUAGCCUGCUAACUACCUUUGUGGUAGAGUGAAACAAAUAGCUUUUAUCUAAUGCAGUCAUAAUUUUUAGUGAGUUAAAUAAUUUCUGUUAGGCUAUUGAAUCUAACUAAUAAAUAAAAUAUAA